AUGGCUCGCAAGCAGGAGGUCACCGGUGGCUGGAUGUGUCCAUCUGUCUGCGGUGCCAAGGAGAGAAGCGCACAGGCACUGGAAGACAGAGUAACCUCCGGAAUAGAGAUUGAUGGACAAGUUGAAAGUGACACAGAGAGUGAAGAAGAUGAAGUAAAGGACAAGACACCUAAGAAACAGCCCCUCAGGGAAACUGGCAGAGCAAGCAGACUUGAAAGGAAAAAGCAAGAGAAAGACAAGGAAGAAGAUGAGAGCAGAGAGGAAGACAGUUGUAGCCAACAAAAUGGAGCUUCUAGGAGAAAAAACUACCAAAGGAAAAACAGCGAUGGGAAAAAGGCAGGAGAGGAAGGAAGCCGGCAGAGAGAGAGAGGCAAAAAGGCUCCUACUAAAGAUCAAAAGGAGUCAGAAAACAAAGAAAAGAAAACAAACAAGAAAGGAAAGGAGGGGGAGAACAACCAGAAGAAAGACAGGAAAAACAGUACUUCUUCUUCCAACUCAUCCGACGAGGAGUCGCUGUCAGAGGAAGAGCUCGCAAUGUUGAUGGAGCAGGUGGAGCAAAAGAAAAAGCUGAUUUCCACCAUGAGGAACAAGCCCUGGAGGAUGGUGAAGAAGCUCUCAGUGCUCAGGGAGGCACAAGCUUUUGUAGAGAAGUUUGAAGGAGCUCUGGGAAAAGGGAAGGGCAAAAAGUUGUACGCAUAUAAGAUGAUGAUGGCAAAGAAAUGGGUGAAAUUUAAGAGAGACUUUGACAAUUUUAAAACCCAGUGCAUACCCUGGGAGAUGAAGAUAAAAGAAGUGGAGAGUCACUUUGGCUCCUCAGUCGCUUCCUACUUCAUAUUUCUGCGGUGGAUGUAUGGAGUAAAUCUUGUCCUUUUUGGGUUAAUAUUUGGACUGGUUAUAAUUCCAGAGGUCCUGAUGGGAAUGCCAUACGGAAGCAUGCCGAGGAAAACCGUACCCCGGGCUGAACAAGCAACAGCUAUGGAUUUUUCAGUUCUUUGGGAUUUUGAGGGCUACAUCAAAUACUCAGCGCUCUUUUAUGGCUACUACAACAACCAGCGGACAAUCGGCUGGUUAAAGUACAGGCUACCGAUGGCGUAUUUCAUGGUUGGGAUCAGCGUAUUUGGCUACAGCCUGAUGGUUGUUAUAAGAUCGAUGGCACGCAACGCCAACGAAAGUACAGCAGAUGGGGAUGAUGACAACUUUGUUUUCAGCUGGAAAAUGUUCACCAGCUGGGACUACCUCAUUGGCAACCCGGAGACAGCAGACAACAAGUUUGCAUCCAUCACCACCAGCUUCAAGGAGUCUAUCGUGGACGAGCAAGAAAGCAACAAGGAUGAGAAUAUCCACCUGAGGAGGUUUCUGCGAGUUUUGGCCAACGUCCUCAUCAUAUGCUGCUUGUGCGGGAGCGGCUACCUCAUUUAUUUCGUGGUGAAACGCUCCCAGACAUUUUCCAAAAUGCAAAACAUUGGGUGGUAUGAAAGAAAUGAGGUUGAAAUUGUGAUGUCCUUGCUGGGCAUGUUUUGCCCUCCGCUGUUUGAAACCAUAGCUGCACUAGAAAAUUACCAUCCCCGCAUCGGGCUGAAAUGGCAGCUGGGGCGGAUCUUCGCGCUCUUCCUUGGGAACCUCUACACGUUUUUGUUGGCCUUGAUGGAUGAUGUCAAUGAAAAACUGGCUGAAGAGGACAUGGUGAAGAACAUCACACGCUGGACACUGCUUGGUCACCACAACUCGUCUGCGGGGAAUGGCAGCACUGCCACCCCACCGCCCCUUGAUCCUGCAGACGUGCCCAGGGGACCCUGCUGGGAGACAACCGUCGGAAUUGAGUUCGUAAGGCUCACCGUGUCCGAUAUCCUGGUGACCUACAUAACCAUUCUGGUGGGAGAUUUCAUCCGAGCCUGCUUCGUCAGAUUUGUGAAUUACUGUUGGUGCUGGGAUCUAGAGGCUGGAUUUCCGUCCUACGCUGAAUUUGACAUUAGCGGCAAUGUUUUGGGUUUGGUCUUCAACCAGGGAAUGAUUUGGAUGGGAUCCUUUUACGCACCAGGGCUCGUGGGUAUAAACGUGCUGCGCCUGUUAACCUCCAUGUAUUUUCAGUGCUGGGCUGUCAUGAGUAGCAACGUCCCUCAUGAACGAGUCUUCAAAGCGUCCAAGUCUAAUAAUUUUUACAUGGGACUUUUGCUGUUGAUCCUGUUCCUCAGCCUCCUGCCUGUGGCUUACACCAUCAUGUCUCUGCCUCCCUCCUUUGACUGUGGACCGUUCAGUGGAAAGAAAAGGAUGUACGAAGUCAUUCAAGAGACUAUCGAGCUCGAUUUCCCACUUUUUGUUGCCAAGAUCUUCAGCUAUGUGGCAAAUCCAGGGCUGAUCAUACCCGCAAUUCUGCUCAUGGUGUAAGUUUUCCUUGCAAUAUUACGUGCCUGGCUGGGGGGAGGAUGUUGA